AUUUCACCACAGCACGCCACACCACUGCACUCAUCACCUAGCCAAACAAUUACUGAUACGACCUAUUCCUCGGCUGUCCAAGAACAAUCGCCAUGUCCACUGUUACACGCUUCAAGCUUAUCUUCUUCGUCCCGCCAUCUGCCCUCGCAGCUUGCAAGUCCGCCAUCUUUGGCGCCGGGGCAGGACGUUAUCCCGGACCAGGAAACUACACGGAAUGCUGCUGGGUUUCUUUGGGCACUGGCCAAUUCCGCCCUGGCGGAUCUGCGAAUCCGAAUAUUGGGAAAGUGAGCGAACUUGAAGAGGUCCAGGAGGCUAGGGUGGAAACACUUUGCUUGGGUGAGGAUGUGGUGAAGAAGGCCGUUGAGGCGUUGAAGAAUGCUCAUCCAUACGAGGAGCCUGCAUAUGAAGUGCUCAAAUUAGAGAAUUUCUAAAUUUCAAAAGCAGCAUACCUACCGAGGGAAGUAAAAAAAUAUCUAAAGCAUUCCUGCAUUCUUCUGCCGUAUCACGUCAAGGGUUGAAGGCAAUGUUCGGGACCGAAUAAUGGUACUGGCACUGGUAUUGCUGUAAAUAAAGACAGGGGUAGUUUAUUGAAACAAAAAAUCGGAAUGUAUAAGUAAAUUCGAAUUGUUCACGCCCGUUCGUCAAUACGAGCGAUUUGGGAAUCGGGC